CUCCGCCCCCGCUCCACGGGCCCUCUGCAGGUCACACAGGAACAUUAUGGCGCCUGGAGGAGAGUUAGCUUCGGGACCAGUCGUAGUAUAAAAUACCGGUUUUGUCCCGGGAGAAUGAACCUCUGCGCCCAGUACCUGCGCCAGGCUGAGGCCCUGAAGGCUGACAUGACAGACUCCAAGCUGGGGGCAGCAGAGGUGUGGACGUCCCGCCAGGCGCUGCAGGACCUCUACCAGAAGAUGCUGGUGACGGACCUGGAGUACGCUCUGGACAAGAAGGUGGAGCAGGACCUGUGGAACCACGCCUUUAAGAACCAGAUCACCACACUGCAGAGCCAGGCCAAGAACCGGGCCAACCCGAACCGCAGCGAGGUCCAGGCCAACCUGUCGCUGUUCCUGGAGGCCGCCAGCGGCUUCUACACCCAGCUGCUGCAGGAGCUCUGCACCGUCUUCAACGUGGACCUGCCGUGCCGGGUCCGAUCGUCUCAGCUCGGCAUCAUCAGCAACCGGCAGGGCGGCGGCGGCGCCAUCGUCACGCCGCAGCCCAGCUCCUGCUCCUACAUCUGCCAACACUGCCUGGUCCACCUGGGAGACAUCGCUCGAUACCGGAACCAGACCAGCCAGGCAGAGUCGUACUACCGACACGCGGCCCAGCUGGUUCCGUCCAACGGUCAGCCCUACAACCAGCUGGCCAUCCUGGCCUCCUCCAAAGGUGAUCACCUCACCACCAUCUUCUACUACUGCCGCAGCAUCGCUGUCAAGUUCCCCUUCCCCGCUGCCUCCACCAACCUGCAGAAGGCCCUGUCCAAGGCCCUGGAGAGCCGCGACGACGUGAAAACCAAGUGGAGCGUUUCUGAUUUCAUCAAAGCCUUCAUCCGGUUCCACGGACACGUCUACCUGAGCAAGAGCCUGGACAAGCUGGACGCUCUGCGGGAGAAACUGGAGGAGCAGUUCCAGAGGCUGAUCCUGCAGAAAGCCUUCAGCUCCCAGCAGCUGGUCCACAUCACCGUCAUCAACCUGUUUGAGCUGCAUCACCUCAGAGACCUGACGGCCGACGGCGGAGAGCCGAGCGGCGCCGAGCAGCAGGUCAGCUGGUUCCAGCUGCUCGGACUCUUCAUGUCCUUCCUGGGCGUGAUGUGUGGCCGGAUUCUGCUCAGUAAGACGCGGGGGGAGGACAUCAUGGGGGAGUGUCCUCUGCCGGCCAUCAAGCUGUCUCUGGAUUGGCUGAAGCUGAGGACCAGCAUCUUCCAGGAAGCUGCCGUGGAGAACAGGAAGUACGUCUGGCCGUGGCUGGUGUCCAUCCUCAACAGCUUCCAGCCCAGGGAGGAAGACCUCUCCUCUUCCUCAGCGCUGCCGCUGCCGGAGGAGUUUGAGCUGCAGGGCUUCCUGGCGCUGCGGCCGGCUCUGCGCUGCCUGGACUUCACCAAAGGCCACCAGGGCAUCCUGGUGGACCGGGACGGCCUGCCGGUCCACGCCCGCCACCAGCGGCUCGUCGCUCUGGGGAAGUGGGUCGCCGACAGCCAGCCGGGGCUGAUCCGGUGCCAGGUGAACGAGGACGGCCUGCUCCUCUUCCUCACCGACAUCCCGGAGGAGGCCAUCGAGGAGCCGCAGGAGAAGGAGGCCCCGGUGCUGCAGGAGUCGUCCAACGGCGAGCAGACGCAGAACGACGGCGGGAACUCGGGCCUGAAGUCGGUGCUGUCCGCCGGGAAGACCCAGAGCUCCUGGUCCGACGGCAACGAGCGGCCCGUCGUCACCUUCAAGGAGAACAUCAAGCCCAGGGAGCAGAGCCGGGAACCGGGCCGGAACCAGCCGCUGAAAGAGCUCAGCAAGGAGCGCCGCGACUUCCCCAAGGGCAACGGCACGGCCGCCGCCAAGAUGGAGCCGAAGAGGGACGGGAAGAGGAAGAGCGAGGUGAAGAAGGCCGCGCACGAGAAAGCAGCCGAUGUCGGGAAGCAGGUGAAGGCUCAGACGGAGCUGAGAAAGACUCCGGUGUCAGAGGUCAAGAAGACUCCGGUCACGCAGAGCCAGACGACCGGGUCGUCCCAGUUCAUCCCCAUCCAUCACCCCGGAGCCUUCCCACCGCUGCCCAGCAGGCCCAGUUUCCCGCCCUCGGCCUACGUGAUCCCGCCCCCGGUGGCGUUCCCAGGAAUCCAGGUGAAUCCGGGCUUCACCUUCCCUGCCGGCGUGUCCGUCCCCGCUUCCUUCCUGCAGUCGGCCGUCCACCAGCAGGCGGGCGGCCAGGCCGGGAAGCAGUCCCACAUUCCCUACAGCCAGCAGAGGCCGUCGGGGCCGGGGGCCUCGGGCCAGGGGCCGGGGCCCCUGAGCCAGGGCCCCUCGGCCCAGCAGCAGCAGCAGCCGUCCCCCCAGCAGGCCCUGCAGCAGUCGGUGCAGCUGCAGGUCCAGGCCCUCAGCCAGCAGCAGCAGUCCCCCACCAAGCCGGGGCAGCAGGGCGGGAUGGGCAAGAGCCCGCCGCACCACCCAGGGCUGCAGCAGUUCAUGCAGGUCCAGGACCAGCCGGCCGCCAUGUGGAGCCAGUCCCAGGCGGCGCUGCAGAAGCUUUCCCCCCUGCAGAUGUCCAUGAAGCAGCAGCAGCAGUUCUUCAUGGGGGCCCCGGACUCCCUGAAGCUGUACGAACAGCAGCUGCCGGGCCCCCAGCCUCACAUCUCCAACAUGGACAAGAAGAUGAAGUUCCCUGACGUGAAGAUGCAGGACUUCUACUGGGAGCCGUCGUACCGCAUGGACCGGAUGGGGGAGGGGCUGGCCCUGAUGGCGGAGCGCAUGAAGAGGGCCCCGCCUGCUGGGAUGUGUGUGGAGCCGGAGGGCCCCACGGGGCCCCGUGGUCCUGCAUUCGAGGACAAGAGCUCGCCCUUCCUCCCUCCUGACCUGUUAAAAACUCUAGCAGACCUGGAGGAGGACGAGGAGCUGAUCUUUGCUAAGCCUCCUGAUUUCUUCCAGGCCCUGGCCGGCCCUCUUAGCUCUGCUCCUGGACCAAAUAUCUUUCUGCCCAACCAGAGCAGGAUGGAGAGCAGCCAGGAGGCCGUCAGCCAGUCGUCCUCUCUGCUGCCCAUCGCCGGCUUCCCCAUGCAGGAUUUCGCCCAGAACAGCAUCUUCAGUCAGGCGUACGGUAAAAACCUGCCGCCCAGCUCCAAAGCCGACGCUCCCAUGAUGCAACAGGAGCCGUCCCUGUACUCCCUGUUCGAGGGAAACCCCUGGUCGCCCUCCCUGCCUGCCAGCUCAGACCACUCCACCCCGGCCAGCCAAUCCCCUCACUCCUCCAACCCCAGCAGCCUGCCCUCCUCCCCCCCGACCCACAACCACGGAGCCGCUUCCUUCUCCAACUUCGGGCCCAUCGGCACUCCGGACAGCCGGGACCGGCGGGUCGUGGACCGAUGGAAAGCCGAGAAACCGGGGACCGGCUUCGGCCUGGACUACCUCCCAGCUGCUGCCUCCGCCGCGCCGCCCGACUCCAGCUGGCACCAGGCCGGCUCGGCGGGGAGCUCCUGGACCAAUCAGGAGUCUCCCAUGGAGGAGUCGUCCUCCACCGUGCUGCUGGACAGCCUGAAGUCCAUCUGGUCCAGCUCCAUGAUGCAGCCCGGCCCGUCGGCGCUGGAGCAGCUCCUCCUGCAGCAGAAGCAGAAGCUGCAGCGAGGCCACGGCGCCAUGAACCCGCCGCACUGAAGGGCAGCGCGAGGCGGCGCUUUUGUCCGGACGAACCACCACCAGGAGGAACGGAGGAACCAAACACACAUAAAAAUUAAAGCGGCGAGGACCGGUGGAGGCUGGGGAGGCGACGCGACCCCCCGACGAGGCUCAAUCACCACCCCACCCCUCUCUCGGCUGUUCGAGGAGCGGUGGCGCCCGCAUCGGAGGGCGACCGCGGCGCCACGCUGCCGCCGGCCUCCUUCAACCGGCGGGAACCUGAACUUUGAGGAACCCUGCAGCAACACCUCGGACCCCCUGAUUCAGACAGACGCCUCCCCCCUCACCAGAAAUCUGGUUUCUUCUUGGGAAAAAGGUUGGAGCUCCUGGACGUCUCUUGGUCCUGAGGCAGACGGGGCGAGGGCGGGCUGGUUCUGGUUUAAGGGGAGGCCAGGUGGAGCGUCGGGCCGGACACACCAGACUGGACUUUCUGAUCUCUCCUUUCAUUUUCAUUGGAGGAGGAGGAGGAGGAGGAAGGCUCUUUAAAUACCUACUGAUUAUAUAUGGGGGUAGCUGCACUGUGGGGGCUGAACGAGGGUUCAGACACCUGGCGGCGGCGCAGUGGGCGGGGCUAAGGGCAGCCCAGUAGUGUUACUGUUAGCUUACAGAGAUUACAGAUAUUAACUGAAAAAGAAAAAA